ACCGUCGCUUCAUUUCCGGAUCCUUCUUCUCCAACGACCCGGAAAUAUUACUCUGCAUUUUAGCCUCAAUUCCCCUGUCAACGAAAACAAAAAACCAGAUCGAAUCGACAAUGGCGUUAGAGUGGGUUGUGCUAGGCUACGCCGCCGGAGCAGAGGCGGUCAUGCUUCUCCUGCUAACCCUACCGGGCAUCAGCCCGCUCCGGAAGGGCCUCAUCAGCGUAAUUCGGAGCCUCCUGAAACCUUUCCUGUCGAUCGUCCCCUUCUGCGUCUUCCUGUUGAUGGAUAUCUACUGGAAAUACGAGACGCAUCCCGCCUGCGAGUCGCCGGGAUCGUGUUCCCCCUCCGAGCACCUCCGCCACCAGAAGUCGAUGGUCAAGUCUCAGCGCAACGCCCUCCUCAUCGCCGCCGCCCUCGUCUUUUACUGGCUCCUCUUCUCCGUCACCGGUCUCGUCCUCCGCGCCGAACAGCUCAGCGAUCGCUUGGAGAAGAUGAAGAAGAAUCAGGAUUGAUUUUGCUCUAAACGUCGGAUAAGAUAAGCAGUAGAUUUGAUUUAUUAGGGCUUUUUUUAAAUUUUAUCUUAUUUCUACCGUUCUAAGACUUCUUGCUUAAGGUUCAAAUAUUAGGGGAACAUAUAAUUUGAAUAAUGUCAAAAAAAAGGGAAAAUCAAUUACAGUGUUAUUU